AGAUACCCGAGCGGUUCCUCACUCUACCUGGGCUACCUGUCACCUUCCACUAAGAACUAUUAACAAUAUUAACAUUAACGGUGAACAAGUUGUAGUUACCUUGGUGCUAGAAGAGCAGCUGUCUGCAGUCAUUGCAAUCUUCACUUUUCCUAUCUACGUGCUUCAUAUCCGUCAUGUUAGUGUCAUAACAAAAACAAAGUGUUUCAAAUGGUCAAAAUGCAGUUCGACAUGCUCGUCAACGUUUUUCGGAGUGCCACAGGCAUUCAACCGACACCUCCCCCAAUGCCGGACGAAGGAGCUUCCGCCCCCGUAAAGCCCAAAGUUGUGGUGGCUCUGUACAAUUAUAAAGCAAUAGAGACCGGGGAUCUGUCGCUUGAGAAAAACCAAGAGUAUGAAGUUUUGAGCGAUUCUCAAGAGCACUGGUGGAAGGUGAAAGAUGCCAGAGGGAAUGUUGGCUUCAUUCCAAGCAACUAUGUCAAAGAAAAAGAGUCAUUGGGGUUGCAGCAAUAUGAUUGGUAUGUGUAUGACAUGUCAAGACAGAGAUCUGAAUCCUUACUGAAACACGAAGACAAGGAAGGUUGUUUUGUUGUCAGGAAUUCAUCAACAAGAGGACUCUACACCUUAUCACUUUACACAAAAAUACCUCAUCCCCACGUCAAACACUACCACAUCAAGCAGAAUGCGAGAGGAGAGUUUUACCUUUCCGAAAAACACUGCUGCAACUCCAUUCCUGAUUUGAUAAAUUAUCAUAAACACAAUAGCGGAGGUUUGGCAUCUCGCCUGAAGACUAGUCCCCAUGAUAGGCCUACUCCAGCCACUGCUGGUCUCAGUCACGAUAAAUGGGAAAUUGACCCUAGCGCCCUGGUGUUGUUGGAAGAACUAGGUUCGGGACAGUUCGGUGUAGUGCGAAAAGGUAAAUGGCGAGGAUCGAUUGAUGUGGCUGUGAAAAUGAUGAAGGAAGGGAGCAUGUCUGAGGAGGACUUCAUAGACGAGGCUAAAGUUAUGACCAAAUUACAACACACGAAUUUAGUUCAACUGUACGGUAUAUGCAGUAUGAAAAAUAGGCCAAUUUACAUUGUCACUGAAUACAUGAGGCAUGGGUCAUUAUUGAAUUACCUCCGGAGGCACGAACAGAGUCUGAGCAUCAAUCAAGGGUUGUUACUCGACAUGUGUAUUCAGGUUUGUAAGGGAAUGGCCUAUCUAGAAAGGCACAACUACAUCCACAGAGACUUGGCUGCCAGGAAUUGUUUAGUCGGAAGUGAAAAUUUGGUUAAAGUAGCAGAUUUUGGGUUAGCUCGAUAUGUUCUAGAUGACCAGUAUACAUCUUCCGGCGGUACAAAAUUUCCUAUCAAAUGGGCUCCUCCUGAAGUGCUGAAUUAUAUAAGAUUUUCAUCAAAAUCAGAUGUUUGGGCUUAUGGUGUUCUGAUGUGGGAGGUGUUCACCUGUGGUAAGAUGCCAUACGGACGACUGACGAACACUGAAGUUGCCGAACGUGUUCAAAGAGGGAUGAUUUUGGAACGACCGCAGUCCUGUUACAAAGAAGUGUAUGAUGUUAUGCGAAAAUGUUGGAGUCACCUCCCGGAAAACCGGCCCUCCUUCAAGAUCCUCAAAGAGACCCUGAUUGGUGUCUCGCAAGGCAUCUUGGUUGAUUGACUGGCCAAGUUGGUUUGCGAAUGCAUCUCGCACAGUUCUCCCUCAUCAUCUCAUGCUGCCAGCGACUACGAACACACCUGGAUCAACGUCUGCCAAACGCUUUGCAGAGAAGCAACAAAGAACAAAGUCAAAAAAUUGUCAACAGUUCAGUGAUAUGUAUAAGGUCUAUGUUUUCUGUCUGCAUAUCGAGGGUGAGUGCUUCGUAGACUGUUUACUUGUUACGUUUGCGAUUGAAGUGAUCUGUGAUAACUUUCAAAAUCUCUUCUUAGUCGACUUGAUUUGGUUUUGAUUUGUUUGUUUCUUUUGCGACAUGCGCAGUUGUUUUUGAUUUUGAAAUUAAUAAAGAACCUUUGUUGACUAGUUUGUGAAGGCAAUUCUUUACUGUGUUGUAUUCAUUUUAUCACAAUAUUCAAUCUAGUGUGUAUCAAGAUAUUUCGUUGACCCCAUUUGUUGUGACAGAGGCAACAUUUAAGGUAGUAGUACUAAAGGUUUUAGGAUCAGCGUUCAAAAUUUAAUGAAAAUUGCCUUAUUGGUACAUUAUUAUAAGAUUAUGAAUCAGUUGAAUUUUGAGAGGUCUACAGGGAACUGAAAAAAAGAUAUUAAUAUAAAAAAAUGUUUACUUUCACCAUCGAUUCUUAUGGGACCUCACAGAGUUUAUUUUAUUUUGCUAAUGCAAAUUGUUUCACAUAUUUAUUUAUCGAUAACCCUUUUACCUUUCCAGUGAAAUAUUUUUAUUUGAAACUUGAUAAAUUCAAUUCAGACAUUUUGGUAUAUAAACAUGCCUAAUCAAUAACUUUUAGGAAUAAAUAAAUGCUUGCGCUAUAGAUUCUUGCGCAUGUUCUUAAGAUCUAUCUCUUUUGCUUUUACGUGGUGAUGCCACAUAUAAAUACUAUAAUAAAUAAUAAUAAUAAAUCUUUAUUUUUCAGUUAAAAAGCAUAAGUGUAUGAAUACAUUCAAGCAGUAACUGAUAAAAACAUCAUAAUUAAUAUAGAAAAGAAUUCAAAUGAUAUGAACACAGUCAUAAGUUAUCAAAUCUAAAUCGAACUUCACAAAGUACACAUUUGACUUUUGUGAUAUCGGUAGUACUACCUUAAGCUUAUAGAUUGAUAGUGGCAUAGUAAACUCUAACAAGGUUUAACAAAAAAAUAAUAAUAAUUGUAGAUGACCUACUUGAAUAAUUUCAACAUGGUCCUGCUUCUGGAUGAAUGACAAACUUCUCCAAGUCUAACCUCUGUGAGUGUGGUAUUUUGCAUAAAUGACUGUUUGGAUAUAAUUCAAUGUCCAACGUGGUAUUUCAAAAUUUUAUUUUGAAAUAUUUUUUUCUCAUAUGAGAAAUUAUUACAAUUUUCACAAAUAUUGUGGAGGUUAUUUUAGACCCAAAAAGCAAUUUUGAAACGGCCUCAACUAUGAAAAUAAUAAAGAAUAUGGUUCUCGACCUCGUUGAUUCUUCGAUCGCACAAGUUUGGAUUUUUGGUUGAAAAAAUAAAUAUAAAUUUUCGUUUAUAUUUCUCCAUUAAAAAUCUAUUGUCGUUUUUUCAGUCAAUUUCAAUUAUAAUCAGAUCUACAAGUUUCACCACCUGUAUCGCCUCAAGAAACCAUUGCAAACCUAAUGAAAUGCUUUUGCUUUCAAAAAUUGUCAGGUUUGGAAAUAUUCUUGUUUUUUAACAAGUUUAAGUUUGCAGAUAAAUGUGGUUUCUCAAAUGACUGAUUCAAAUGUAGUAUAUACAAUAGCUCUUUUCAUUUUUCCACAAUUUUUCGCCUAUACUUAAUAAAAUUGGAGAAUGUUUGGCACAAGGAAAAAUUGCCUUCAAAUUGUGACGGGAGUUUCUUUGUUUCAAUCAAAAUGACUGGUAACCAAAUUCUGUUGGUGUGAAAAUUUAAUGUUUUUGCUCUCUAUUUUUUGUUUGUGUGUGAAUGGUUUCAACUAUGGCUGUUUAUAGUUCUUAUAGGUAUAGAAAUGAUUGCAGCAGUUUUCUUAUAUUAAAAAAACUUGCAAAACUAGAUCUGAAUUUGUGAUUUUUUUUAUAAAUUUUUACUAUAUUAUAUUAAACUAUUAUAACAAUUGCAAUUAUUCAUAUAAUGUUAGACAAUAACCAUAUAGGUGAAAUAUUAAUCAAAUUAUUAAUCAUUUGAUAAUUUUUACAAAGUUGUGGCAUAUAAAGGCAUCUUACUUUUUUUUUUUAAAUGAAUGCUCAUAUAAUACAGGGUUUGUAAAAAGUGCCAAACGGAGAUUUAAAAAUUAAUAGAACAUUGCUCUUGAUCCACAUUCUCCUUUUGUCUAGAAAAAUAAAUUCAAUUUUUUUUUUAUUAUUUUGAAUCAACAUGAUGUAUGGCUUGCUUGAUUAAUACUUUCACCUGCAAUUUUAUAGCACUAACAUAGUUCAUCAUCAACAAAAGAAAAUAUGCUCAACUGCUUUUAUAAUUUAUUUUCUUAUAUUUGUUGAACUGACUUCAACCUCCUUAGAAUAUCAUCUGUUAUGUUUGGCAGCUAUUUGGAAAUUCACAACUCAAAGUAUAGAGUUGACACCUCUCAAAACAUGAAACACAAGAACUUUCCCAAAAAGUACCAGUUUCAACCUUGAGUUGUUGUAGUUUAUGAUUUUGGGACCUCCUCAUAGCUUACCAAAAAAAGAAAACUAUUAUUUUGUUUAGCUAAGAAUUAUCUAGACAAAAGUGCUACAUAAAGGUUUAGAGAAAGUAGAUUUUUAUAAUAAAUGUUAUUUGACGGAGUAGAAGAGCAUUUGAUGCUUUUAAAUGUUUUAUAAAUGUGAAAUUUAGUGACGUGAUUAGGAGAUAAUCCGAUUUAGACACAAAUAUUGGCAACUUUUAUAUUUAAAAUUAUGACUGAGAUGUAUCUGGGAAUAUUACUAUUAUUAUAGUUAUUGGACAAACUUUGUAUGUAUGAAGACAAGUUUGAAAUAAAUUGUGCGCUCCUAUGAUAUUCGCACGUCUCAACUUGAACUAAGGGCAUUUAGAUAGUUUUGAAUCUUUUAACGAUUAUGCUGAGACGAAAGAAUGUCGGAGCGAAAUUGUGAAAGUCUGUACCUCUAUAUUGGUAGCUCAUUAUUCUAUUGAAACCAUAAAGCAUUCACCCUUGAUAUCGAAGUAUGUAAAACUUCAGUUGCUCGUUUGAAUAGUACUGUAACAACUGAAGUGGUAUAAAAUUAUUUAUAAAAUGAGUACAUUUGUAUAUAAAUAUGAUUAUUAAAAUAAAUAUAAAAACUUAA